CCGCCGCUGCCCUGGGCUCCUCUCCUCAUCCUGCUCGCUUUCUCUCUCCUCAGCUGGGGAAAGAGGGCCGGUGGCCUCCUGGCACCGCGGGCCGGGGCAGCUUCGCAGGCGCUCUUGGCAGUGACAGCCCCUCAGAAUGAGUGGGCCCACAUUCUCUUCUCCAGCUGCUGAGAUGGCAGAAAUUAAUCGACUUCAGUAUGAAAUGGAAUACACUGAAGGCAUCAGCCAACGCAUGAGGGUCCCAGAAAAGCUAAAGGUAGCUCCACCAACUGCUAGUCUGGAACAGAGCAUCCAAGAAGGACUUCCAAAUGCAAGUGUUACAAUGCAGGUCCCAGAGAGGAUUGUAGUGGCAGGUAAUAGUGAAGACAUUCCAUUUUCCAGACCACCAGAUCUUGACCUUCUGCAGUCCACCCCAUUCAAACCUUUGGCAUUGAAAACUCCUCCUCGGGUUAUUUCACUUAGUGAGCGAUCACUAGAUUUCCUGGACCUAGAAAAACCACCACCACAGACACCUCAAAAUGAAGAGGUUCGUUCAGUGGGAAGACUGAAGAGAGAACGUUCCAUGAGUGAAAACGCUGCUCGUCAAAAUGGCCAGUUGGUCAGAAAUGAUUCCAUGUGGCACAGAUCAGAUACUGUCCCAAGAAAUAAAAUGCCACGGUUCCAGUCACCCCUCUCCACUAAGGACUACACUGUGACACCAUCACUACAACAGGCUCGUGUCUGUCCUCCCAAUAUGUUACCCGAAGAUGGAACUAAUCUUUACUCUGCUCGUGGCAUUUUGUCGCUUAUCCAGACUUCCACUCGUAGGGCUUACCAGCAGGUCUUGGAUGUGCUGGAUGAAAAUCGCAGGCCAGUGUUACGUGGUGGGUCAUCUGCUACCACUUCUUCUAACCCUCAUCAUGACAACACCAGAUCUGGUCUUUCAAACUUGGACGUGACAAUUGAGGGAACGCCAGAUGACAUGACAGUUGUGGAUGCUGCUUCUUUAAGAAGACAGAUAAUCAAACUCAAUCGUCGCCUACAACUUCUGGAAGAAGAAAACAAAGAGCGUGCUAAAAGAGAAAUGAUCAUGUACUCAAUUACUGUAGCUUUCUGGCUACUCAAUAGCUGGCUUUGGUUUCGGCGCUAGACACUGCUGUCCAAAAGAUUUAAUAGUUGGAAAUUUAAUCAAUUUGCAAAAUCCUUUGUUUCUGUCUUUGAAUUGUAUGCUGUUUUAUAAUCCAUGCACUGAGAACUUCCACCACAGAAAAAGGCUGUACAGUUAUAUUGUUGAGGGGACUUUCUGUUGCUCAGCUAUUUAUUGUUAUCAGAUUGUAGGAAUAUAUAUAGUAUCUUCCCUUUGCAUGUCGCAAUGUAAAUAUGGAUUGACUCAUUUUGAAAAGAAGUUUGCUUCUCUGCUCUGUAAGGAUGGUGACCAGUGGAAAUAAUUACUGUCUCUUGUGGUUGGAAGAUAACAAAUAUAAUGGAUUUGGAACAGUAUCUUUAAAAUACAUAUUAAUAAAAGUAUGAGGUUUCUAUUGUUCUGUUGUUAGAUGCUGUAAAUUUAUGGUUAAACAUUAUUGCGCUGUUUUUUUCCUUUAGCCAAACUAGUUAGUUUCUCUCUCUCUCUCACACACACACACACACACACACACACACACACAGUAUGUCUCUUAUUUUAGCACAUGUACAGGGUGAGUAAAAGGCAUUCUUUGAUAACAAGAACCUGCAGAUUAUCCAGAGAUGUGUAAUAUGUAUUUUCUUAUUUCAGCUUUAAUUUUGCAAAUGGUUUUUCUAAGCAGUACAUUUUUUCAACAAGUCUGUGACAUUAUGGAAUACAAGGUAGCAAUGUAGUGUAUUUAAUAAAACUGUCAAACCAAGCAGUGUUUAAUAUUGUUUUAAAAGGUUGUCAUUUAUCUUAAUAAAGCCUUGUCUAUAUGAAUGGA